ACACCAUUGAACACAUUGUUUUUGGAAAUAUUUAAAAGCGGAAUGUUUUGAUCGUAUUGAGGAAAAAGGUUGAAUUACAGACGGAAUAGCGAUGCCGCAAGAUACAAAGCGAGUAAAUGGACCCGAGCAUUCCACACCGUAUCGUGUCCACUGUCCGGUUAUUGAAGAUGAAACGUAUGAAGAUCGUUUACGUACUGCCUUCGGAAAAGAUGGAAAACGAAAAGAUGGUCGAGGUCUACAAGAAAACCGGAAAUAUUUUGUAAAAGUCGGUGUGGUAUCAUCGGCCAAAGGAUCAGCCUACGUUGAACUUGGGAACACGAAAGCCAUCGUGUCGGUGUUCGAUCCGCGUGAAAUACCGAAGCAAAACAAGUUCUGUGGGCUUGGUGAACUAUAUUGCGAUUUUAAGUUUUCACCAUUUUCUUCCUUGCAACGUAAAACUCCUCAAACUGAUGCACGGGAACGCAGCAUGGCCACCGCAUUAACCAGUGCUCUGAACCCAUCUGUUUGCCGUCACAUGUUUCCGAAUCUGCAGAUCGAUGUGUUCGCCAAUGUUCUUGAAGACGAUGGAUCCGCUCUAGCGGUGGUAAUAACUGCCGCUGGUCUGGCAUUGGCCGAUGCGUGCGUACCAAUGUUCGAUGUAAUAACGGCUAGUACCGUUGGGAUACUUGGAGAUCGGAUUAUAUUGGAUCCGACGGCUGAGGAAGAAAGGUUGUGCAUGGAUGGGUACACGGAGGAUAACCAUGGUUUGGUGAUGCUAGCGAAGCUAUCCACGCUGGAUCAAGUGCCAGACAUACGACAGUACGGAAAUGUGGAAGUAGAAGCUCUGUGGCAGGCUUGUAAAUUGCUGAACGAAGCGUGUGGAGAUCUUGUUCCCAUUGUACAGCAUGUACUGGUCAGUAAAGUAAACAGUCGGCUCCAAGAGAUACAGUUGGAUAGUGAAGGAGAAGACGACCGAGAUGGAAUAGAAAGCGAUAAAGGUUCUAACGAUGAGAGAUGACCGAAAUAAAUGUACACUUUUCAUUCAUAAUUACAA